AUGAAUAAGCUGUUCAUCGUAUUUGCUCUAGUUGGGGCGAUCAUCGCCGCUCCCACGCAGCACAACGAGUCGAACGGAGCCAUCGAGUGCCUGAAUGAACUACUCGAGUCGAUUGAAGCCGAAAAUGUGGAAGAGUUGGCUGAUGUGAUUGCCGACGCCCGGCUGACCAUUGGAUAUCUGGUUGAACGGCACCGUCGCUGUCAGGAGAUUCCGCGUGAUGACCCCCCGAGCCGCCUGCAGGAAAUUCAAAUUUCGGCGUGUGAAAAUGCCUGGCGGCUGAGCGUGGCCAUCGAGUUGGCUCGAAUUUCGGCGGCACUCAACCAACAUACCGAUAAUGGACGCGAUUUGGUUGCGCAGUUUUCCGAGUGCUCGGGAAUUUCGUUGCCGCGGCCGGAAAGUGAAGAUUGA